CAAACUUUAAACCCCUAUAAAUCAAGAAAGAAGAAAGAGAAGAAGAAUCAACAAAAAACCAGAAGCAAUCAAUGUCUUAUUCUUCCCUCAGAUUGCCAGUCUUUCUCAUUCUCUCAUCUCUUCUCCAUGCCGCUUUAGGGGAAGAAAUCAUUUGCGAGAAUCUGCCCACUAGUAUGUGCGCGUUCUCGAUAUCGGCUUCCGGAAAAAGAUGUUUAUUGGAGACAGCUAACGUCGCCGGAGAAUACACUUGCCGGACUUCCGUGGUGGAGGUUGAAGGAAUUGUAGACCACGUGGAGAGCUAUGAGUGUGUAGCCGCUUGUGGUGUUGAUCGGAAAACCGUAGGGAUCUCAUCGGACGCAAUGAUGGAGGCAGGAUUCGCCACUAAGCUUUGCUCUCCGGCUUGUUUAGAUUAUUGCCCUAACAUUCUUGAUCUUUUUUUCAAUCUCGCCGCCGGUGAAGGUAAGAUCUUGAGCUUCUUCUUUUUAGUCUUCAUGCAUACAGCAUAAGUUGACAUUUUUUUGGUAUUCUGAUGAAACAUUAGAAUUUUUGAGAAUAAGGGCCAUGCUUUAU